AUGUCAGGGUAUGAGCAUUUCAGAAGAAUAGCCGAGGAUCCCCAGUCAGUCGAGCAGCACCUCGAGGCUGCCGCUGAAGACAGCCGAAAUAGCCACGACGACCCCGACCCCGACGCCAAAAGCCUGAUGCGAUUCCUAGUAGAAGCAGCAGCAGAGGGCUCAAUAGAGAGAUACCGACUCAUCUGGCCAGAUCUCAUUAAAGACGCCGAGGCGAAUUCAAAUAGGGAUUACAACGACCCCAAGCCCCGUAGAGGGGAACGAGCAAUGCUGGUAUGGGCGUGUCAGUGCGCGGUUGAGGCUUCCUUUGCUGUGGCGCUGGUCAGGGGGUUUGACAAAAUUGUACAGCACGUCCUGUAUCAUUUCAAGAAUCCGUUCUAUGGGUGGAAGCCUGGAAAGACUGCGUCCGCACUCGGGGCAGAGGACUUUCGUUCCAAGACUCCGAGCAUGCUCUUGCGCCAUGCCGCUGCAUAUGCCGGGAAGGACCUGGUUGCGCACAUCCUAAGGGAUGAAGACUGCGUCAAACCCAAAGAGCUCGAGGCGGCGAUCUGCGCUGCAGCCCGCGCGGAUCGCUUGGAUACAGUUGAGAUGAUUGUCGCACAUCUCAUGACCUUGGAGAGGGGGGAGCCGCGGUGCCUCUGGGGGUCGGUGAAGCUGGGUCGGUAUGCCACAUUGGACGAACAGCGUUUGGAAGUUGUGGGAAUGUCCUUCAGCAUGUGGCCGUCAAAGACGAUGGUUCAGGGCCAACGGAUUCUUCUGGGGCUGUUCUUCCAGUUGGUCCAUGCGGUCUAUAUCGCGACGCCAGACUGUGAGGAUGUAAUAGCGAUUAAACGUGCACUUGACGAGGAAUGGGCCCUUUUACUUUCGAGGGACCAGUGCUUUAAGAUUUUGGAUAUAGGCAUGCCUCCUAAAAUCAAGGCUUCUAUCUUCAAGAAUCUGAGAAUCAUUGACCGGGUGAUGCCACCAGACUCAAUCCUGAUUAAGACGGACGGAGAGCCGUUUGUCGCCCAGAGGGAUCUUCUUUGCUACUGGUCCAGGUACUUUGCUGGCUUGUCUCGACAUGCCUGGGUUGAUGGUGCGGCGGUGGACUUUGGAUAUCAUAUUCAUCCGGUUGUCAUGACAUCAGUUCUUAACUUUAUGGGGAGUAUGUGGAUGUGGAAUGCGCUGACAAGCACGAAUUCGUCACGCAACUCUGGGAGGCGGCGGAUUACCUCCAAAUUGACUUGCUUAAGGAGAAAGUUGGGCUCUUACUUGAUCAGUUCGAGGAGGAGGAGGAGGAGGAGGAGGAGGAGGAGAAGGAGCUGUGAAUACAGCCAUGAAUAUAAUUGUACAAUUGCGUGUCUUCCCUAA